ACCACAAAAUAUCUCUUACGCAUUUUAGAUUACAUGAACACAAGCCAAGCUUAAAAAUCCACAAAAUUUGCAGAAAGUGCAUAGCCAUCCAUCUUCACUAACCUUUGCAGUUGAUAUCUUCGGAAAACUGAAAAUGGAAAGCGAAGCUGCAAGACGCAGAAUCAGCACCAUUUCAGGCCAUUUUUCACCCAAUGACGAUAUUUUUUCUGCCACUCACCUUCUCCCCAUGAACUGCAGUGGGAGUUUGAACUCUGUGAUCCGGAGGUGUGAUAAUAGAAUGUAUUUUGCACGUCAGGGGUCUGCAUAUCAAGCUUGUUUCAUGAGACAGGUUUCAAAAGAUGAGAGAACUGCUCCUCAUUGUGCUGCAUGCCCCAAGUCCUCUUGUACUCCAAUAGAGAGUUCUAAUGAUUCUGAAGCACCAUUAUUUUCUAGACGUACAAUGGUGGAGCCAAACUUAUCAAAUUUGGCAGCAAUCCAGCCUCUGGGACUAGAUUGGGGAUUAUCCCUGCCUGACCCUCCUAAGUUUGCCAGACCAAAUAAAAGCACAAGUGAAGAGAUGCCAUUACAAUCUAAGAAGAAAACAUGCUCCAGAUCUAAUGGCAUUGAAUGGCUCCCUAGGAUGGAUAUUGCAGAAUCUGGACCCAAUUAUGUUAUGGUGGUAGAAAUUCCUGGGGUCAGCAUCAGUGACAUUAGAGUGGAGGUUGAUGACCGAAAUUUAACAGUGACUGGUCAGCGCACUAGUCAGUGUUUGAAACUAGCAGCUGGUUGCUCUAAUGACUCAAUCUCUUCAUAUCACAAGAGAGAGAUAUCACAAGGGCCGUACCAGGUUGUGUGGCCACUUCCUACUAAUGCAAACAGGGACAGCAUCUCAGCUGAGUUUGUGGAUGGAUUUCUACGUGUUGUUAUUCCUAAACUUUGAGAUCAACUGCUGGUGGAAGCAUACAUGCACAUAUACAGGAGCGCCCUGAUGAAAACUUUAUACCAGCUUAUGUAUUAUGCUGAUAUAAACCGAGCCAGUACUGAUAAAUGCCUAGCUACUCUCUGUUUCUAUAUGAUCGAUGAUCUGUUGCUCUUAUUGAUAUUAAUUGUUGAUGCGUCUAAGAGCAUGAAGUAUUUUGUUCUUUAAGGUGUAUCCUCUACUGUCCUAAUACGAGGAUAAUGAUCAGUAUUGAUGCAGCACCAAUGAUCAUAGAAUAGUAUGUAAGAAUUUAUGAGCUAUGAUCACCAUUUAAAUAUUCCAUGACUGGUAUGUUGUUCAGCAGAUAUGCUAUAUCAUUAUUUUAUGCAAAGUGUUUAUGCAUGAUGUUAGUCUGUGUUUAUAUAUGCUAGCAAUAUAUUGAUUGGUUAAAACUAUGCUGAAAGUGACACAAAUUCAUUCAGUUUAUAAACCUAUAGAAGUAUGAUGAAAAUGUUCUAGAAAGUUUUUGAAACGUCUAAACUGUUUAUGAAUGCGAAUAUAAUCAUCAUCUUGUUCAAAAGUGCACUUGGGUUGAAAUUUACUCUCAAUUUGCUUCUCCAACCAAUCUUUGCUCAAAUGUUUCCAAGGAACCCCAUCAGUUCCUGGGCCCUCAAUUUAGAGAUAUCCAUUAGUUUCUUCCAUAACAGCCACAAUAAGGCCACACUUUUCAGCCAAGCUUAUCCAAGAGUUUUCAACAAUCCUUUUGUUUUAUCACUCAUUUGUUCACCAUAAAUUCUCAUACGAUUUACAAGUCCCAUAAAUCUAGAAGAAAAAU